AUGCGUUUUAACGACAGCGCCAUUCUUUUGACCUCGCUCCUGUCUUCGUCUGAUGCCACUGAAGCGAUGCCCCACCCACAAUGCCACUUCAAAAAGGCCUGCCAGGCUCUUGGCCCUAAUGUAUCUUUGUCUUCUCCCACGGCAGUCCUCUCCAAGAAGUUUCGUCAGCGCACCACCAAGACUGCGAGCAAAAGCCUUUCCCAGACCAUCUACUCUUCCACAUUCGACAGUCCAUACCGACACAGCUUUAAGAUGGACGGUUCGCAACAUGUCGACGAGGACCCGCGGCGCGCGGAUGGCGCGCAGGAUGUGCAAAACGCCAGUCCAGCCGUGGCCGCCGCGGCCGCGACGGCCGAGCGAGCAAGGAAGGCAAUCACGGCCGGUGGCAUCAUCACAUCAUAUAUCAUGGCCGAAAUCAACGAUCGCUGGGGUUACGACCCAGCCGACAAGGCCAAGAUGAUCGGCGUGAUUUGCUCGGAUGCGAUGAUGGGGCUGAACAAGGCGCUAAACACGUAUCUGUUCCACCAUCAAGCUGCGGGUGCCGACGCCGUGGGUCAAAUUUGCCGCACCCACCUGGUCAGGGCGGGUGUAGAUCAGGGGGAUGCGGACCUUAUGGUUGGAGAGGUCACCGGCAAAUCGCGGGCGUCGCGAUGCUCCAACGCUAUGCUGGGCUUAAAUGCGGCACUGAACGCGUACCUGCUCCGCGGUAACUCUGCGGCGACAACGCGGUUCUAA